GCACCCUCCCCACCGCCGCCCGGCCGAGCCCGAGCCCAGGUCCCCACCGCCCCGGGGGCCGGCCCGCAGCCCCGCCGCAGCGGACGGAAGACGCGGCCCCGCCGGGGCAGGCCCGGGCCGGCGGAACCCGCCCCAGCUGCCGGCGGGCGGGGCAUCAUCGCGGCGCUUUCGAUUCCCUUCUGCCUCGCCGGACCGCCGCACCAAGAUGUCAGGGAAUCAGCAUGUUGACCGCUCUACUCAAGAGCGAGGUGAUGAAGAUCGUGAAGAUGUAGUUGAUGCAAGGCCAGACAGAAGUAGCAGAUUCUCACUUUUUGCAAAAAAAAAGAAGAAUGGAGAAGAAGAACAGCCAAAGUCCUCUCUCAGUAACCAGUACCGAAUUGUUACACCCACAUUCCAGUAUAAUAUGGACUACAAGAAAGUUGGCAAAUGUAUUAUUAUAAACAACAAAAAUUUUGAAGACAAAACAGGAAUGGGCACACGCAAUGGCACUGAUAAAGAUGCUGGAGAUUUAGCUAAGAGUUUUAGGAACUUGGGUUUUGAGGUUUGCACAUACAAUGACCGAAGCCGGGGUGAUAUGGAAAAAUUACUGAAGCAAGCUGCUGAGGAGAAUCACAGUGAUGCCGCUUGUUUUGCCUGUAUCCUUCUAAGCCAUGGAGAAGAAGGCCUCAUCUAUGGCACUGAUGGACCCAUGGCUAUCAAGAGCUUGACUGCGCUAUUCAGAGGAGACAAGUGUAAAAGCCUUGUAGGCAAACCCAAAUUAUUCUUCAUUCAGGCAUGCAGAGGCUCUGAAUUUGAUGAAGGCAUACAAACUGACUCUGGACCUGCAAAUGACACUCUAGAAACAGAUGCCAAUCCAAGAUACAAAAUCCCAGUAGAAGCAGAUUUUCUGUUUGCAUAUUCCACAGUGCCAGGUUAUUACUCCUGGAGGAAUCCUGGAAGAGGCUCCUGGUUUGUGCAGUCUCUGUGCUCUGUGCUAAACGAGCAUGGAAAACAACUUGAGAUCAUGCAGAUCCUUACACGAGUCAACUAUGUGGUCGCCACCAAUUUUGAAUCACAAUCUGAUGAUCCACGCUUCAGUGAGAAGAAGCAGAUUCCCUGUGUGGUCUCUAUGCUCACUAAGGAACUUUACUUCUGAAAGUGAAUUUUAAUGCAACCAGUGAUGAAGAAUCAGGAUAUGGUUUUGGGUGGAGAUUUGAUAUAAAC